AUGACGCGCGCGACAAACUUUGCCUUGAUCUCGGCCGCGUUGACGUUGGUCUACCUGGUCUUUUUGUUCGGCAUCCUGCCUGUGCCGCUGCUCUCGAAAUCGGUCGCGGUCGAGAUUCUGCCGACGAUCCCGUGGUGGGUCCUGGUGAGCACCGGCUCCUUUCUCCUCUUCAAGGUCGGAUGGGGCCUCUACCACUUUAAUAACGUGCCAAAGGCGCACGACGAGCUGCUUCUCGAUAUCAAGGUCGCCAAGGACUUUUUGCGCGAGCGCGGCGUGACGGUCGACUGA